CCCCAUCACUUUGUAUAUAAAGCGAACAAAACAAAAACACAACGAAGAACAACUAAAAACCCGGCACUGUUGAAGUUCAGAGCAAAAUGCGUCUUGUCAACUGUGCAGUUUAUUUGAUAAGCUGCUUGUACUUUGGCCAUGCCAAAGCAGAAAGUGGCAACAGCAGCAAUGGGAAUGUACUGCCCGUGGUACUGUGGCACGGCAUGGGCGACACUUGUUGUUUCCCCUUCAGUCUGGGCUCCAUCAAGAAACUGAUCAUGGAGCAAACAAAUGUCAGCUAUGUGCGUUCCCUCGAAAUCGGUGCUAACAUUGUGCUGGACUAUGAAAGCGGCUUUUUCAUACAUCCCAACAAGCAGGUGGACUACGUCUGCAAACAGCUGGCCCAAGAUGAGCAACUCUCCAAUGGCUACAAUGCCAUUGGCUUCUCGCAGGGCGCUCAAUUCCUUCGAGCGGUGGCCCAACGCUGCCCCGUACCGCGAAUGCGAACGCUGAUCAGUUUGGGCGGACAGCAUCAGGGUGUCUUUGGCCUGCCCAAGUGUCCAACGCUGAGCGUCAGCAGCUGCGAGCACAUCACCCGACUCCUCAACUAUGCCGCCUACGAGAAAUGGGUACAAAAUGAUCUGGUCCAGGCCACAUAUUGGCACGAUCCUCUCGACGAGAGCAGCUAUCGGCUCAAGAGCAGUUUUCUGGCGGACAUCAACAAUGAGCUGUAUGUCAACGAAAGAUAUGCGGAGAAUCUCAACAAGCUGACAAGAUUUGUAAUGGUCAAGUUUCUCAACGACACCAUUGUGCAGCCGAAGGAGACGCAGUGGUUUGAGUUCUAUGCACCUGGCCAGGAUAAAACCAUAUUGCCGCUCAAUCAGAGCAAAGUUUUCAACAAUCUUGGACUGGAGCUAAUGAAUUUGCGUGGAAAACUGCAGUUUCUAAGCAUCGAAGGCGAUCAUCUGGCCAUACCCAAGGAGUGGUUUGUGAAGCAUCUGGUGCCACUGCUGCUGGAAUCAGACUAA